AAUCAUACAACCGCACUGCUGUAGCCCAUUUUAACCAUGUUGAGAUCUCUUUGCAUUUUUAAUGCCCUCAUGAUUAGCGAAUAUUGAUAGAAUUUUAAUUUGAUUGGAGCUUCUACUGCAUGCAAUUGAUAUAAAAUUCGGUGACGUUGUAUAUCGAUGACCACUCACAGAAGCACGCAGCCAUUGACAUGUGUUAUGAUUUUUCAACGAACGUCAAAAAGGUGGAAAAGUGCGCGCGUUUGUUUAGCAUUUCAUGUUCCCUGUCGUGAGUUUUGUUUAUUUCAAGUCCAGAAACAUAUUAAGGGAUUUUUACUGAUAUAUGCAAAUAUUUCGCUAAGAGAUCACUAAAAUUUCAUUGUCAAUUACCGUUACGCGUUGGUUCGCAACAUGAGCAAAAGUAAGGACAAUCUCAACAGCUCCAACACACUGUUUAAUUACUUCGCCAAAUCACCGGCAACAACUCCAAAGCUUAAACCGUCGUCGUUAACCUCCGGCAGCCCGGCAACCAGUAGCACCAAGAACAAUAACUAUGAUACUCCAAAGUUAAAAGUAAAAAAAGAACCCGCUAGUGCGGCCUCAUCGAAAACCAAACAAGAUGAGGAGGAAUCGAUUCAACCGGUCAAACGACGACGAAUUAUGCUGCCAGACUCUUCGGAGGACGAGGAAAACUCGGACACGGAGAACAAGGUUCAAAACGAACGCACACCGCCGAAACUGUCCUCGUUCAAACGUGUAGAGAAAGAAGCGCACGACGAGUCCUCGCCGGUGCAGAAAAAGAUUAAACUUGAGGCAGAAAAUGAUUCCUCCCAAGAUGAGCAGAAAGAAUUGUUGGAAGAUAAACAAGCUGACGGGAAAGCUUCAACCCUGGACGAACCGACGGUUUGGGCUCAUCAGAAAUUGGAUUUUCUGAAACCGGAGAAGAUAAAGGAUAUUCAUGGAAAUCGACCGGGCAAUGACAAGUAUGAUUCCCGUACCAUUUAUGUACCGGAAUCGUUUUUAAAUACUCUAACGCCGGCAAUGCGCCAGUGGUGGGAGCUUAAAUCGCGGCACAUGGAUUGUGUGUUGUUCUUCAAGGUGGGUAAAUUCUACGAGCUGUACCAUAUGGAUGCCACUGUGGGCGUGGAAGAGUUGGGCUUUUCGUACAUGAAGGGAGAAUUCGCUCAUUCGGGUUUUCCGGAGACAGCAUACGAACGAAUGGCCACCUCGUUAAUUGAGAAAGGUUACAAGGUGGCUCGAGUUGAGCAGACCGAGACGCCGGAGAUGAUGCAAGAGCGAUGUCGAAAAAAUAAAACCAACAGCAAGUACGACAAAGUUGUUAAACGGGAGAUUUGCCAAGUAUCGCUGCGAGGAACGGAGGUUUUCGGCCAGCAGGUGCAUAUGUCUUUGACGCAUAACCCGAAAUAUAUGCUCGCUAUCACCGAGCGUUCCGCUAAACAUGGAAGCGGCAGUCGAUAUGGUGUAUGCUUUAUCGAUACCUCUUUGGGUGUUUUUCACCUUGGGGAAUUCGAUGAUGAUUCACAAGCAUCCCGACUGUUGACUUUACUCUCCCACUACGGGCCAGCUCUUGUGCUGCACGAGAGAAGCUCACCGUCGGCUGGAACCCAACAGAUUUUUAAAACCGUCCUCGCGGGCAUUCGUAAGGAAGCUUUAAUCGGCGAGUCUCAAUUUUGGCCUGCAGAAAAAACUUUGAAAUAUUUGGCGGAGAAUUUCUACGGUAAUACUAGCGAUGAAAAGUGGCCCUCAGCUCUGCGCUCGCUGGUGGACAAAAACGAUCCUCUCGGUUUAACACCGGACGUUGAGUUUCAGUUGGCGCUGAAGGCGCUGGGAGGUUGCAUUUGGUACUUGAAACGAUGCCUGCUGGAUCAGCAGAUCAUAGCAUUGGCCACGUUUGAAUUGUAUAUUCCCCCGGAUGACGAUCGGGUGCGUGAGCAACUGAAAAUCACAAAUGCUAACCGUUUCUUAGUUUUGGACUCCAUCACUUUGGCUAACCUCCGCAUAACGGACGGCGAACAGUCUCUGGUAUAUCGUAUGGACCAUUGUUGCACAAAGUUUGGCAAACGGCUGUUCCAUCAUUGGGUAUGCUCGCCGAGUUGCGAGCGUAGUAUUAUUGUCGAGCGGCAGGAAGCCGUCACGGAACUGCUGGAAGAUGUUAGUCUUUUGCAGGACGUACGACAACUUCUCGGCGAGCUGCCGGACCUGGAGCGAUUGUUAGCACAGAUCCACACGUUCGGUAAUGCCGAUCGUAGCAAGAAUCAUCCGGAUGGACGGGCAAUUCUGUACGAGGAACAAACCUACGGAAAGAAAAAAAUCCACGAUUUUAUUACUACUCUUCGUGGUUUUGAUGCGCUAUCCAAGCUACCGGAAAUGUUUUCCGGCGUUUCUUCACGAUUAUUGAUUCGUCUGACGCAAACCGAAAAAGAGGGUGGAAUAUUUCCAGAUAUGGCCAAAAAGAUACGCUUUUUCGAAGAAUCUUUCGAUCACGAAAAGGCACUGAAGGAUGGCGUCAUUGCUCCCGCUAGAGGUCUUGACGCUGAGUACGAUGCGGUCGAGCAAGAAAUCGCAGAUAUACUGAAUGAAUUAGAAGAGUACAAACGAGCGCAGGAGAAACACUUUGGCUGCAGUGUGACCUACUUCGGAAGUGACAAGAAACGUUUCCAAUUGGAGAUUCCGGAAAGUGCAUCGAAACGGGCCAACAGCGGUUACACCUUGGAAGGACAGAAAAAGGGUAAAAAUGGAGUCAAGCGAUAUCACACCGAUGAAACACGCGAGUUCUUAAAACGAAUGAUACAAACAGAAGAUCAACGAAAAGUGGUGCUGAAAGAUUUGGCCCGAAGAAUUUAUGAGAAGUUCGCUAAAAGCUACGAGUUAUGGAAAAGAUGCAUCGAUUUAACAGCGACACUUGAUGUGCUGACUUCUCUGGCGGAAUACGCUCGUAGCGAAGGUGACAUGUGUGUUCCCGAGAUACUUGACAAAGACGAUCAAGUGGGUCAAAUUUUGGAACUGGAAGAAGGCAUUCAUCCUUGUAUCAGUGAAACGGAAAAUUACAUCCCUAAUGGCGUCUGUCUCGGAUCAAAUGGAUCCAGAUUGGUGCUGUUGACCGGACCGAACAUGGGUGGUAAGAGUACCCUUAUGCGGCAAGUUGGGGUCCUGGCCAUAAUGGCCCAAGUUGGAUCGAGAAUUCCGGCCGCUAGCUGCCGGAUGACGCUAAUCGAUCGAAUCUUCACUCGAUUGGGGGCGAAUGAUGAUAUUAUGGCUGGACAUAGUACCUUCCUGGUCGAAUUGAACGAAACGUCAACAAUUCUGAAACAUGCUACUGAGCGGAGUUUGGUGCUGCUAGAUGAACUCGGCCGUGGUACAGCAACCUAUGAUGGAACGGCAAUUGCGGGGGCGGUUGUCAACUUUUUAGCCGAUCUGCAAUGUCGCUCUAUGUUUUCUACACACUACCAUAAUCUGGUGGACAGUUUUGACGGGGACAGACGGGUCAGUUUGGGUCAUAUGGCUUGUAUGGUGGAGAAUGAAGAUGACGAAGAUCCCACCCAGGAAACGGUUACUUUCCUGUACAAAUACGCCGAUGGGGCAUGCCCCAAAUCGUACGGCUUCAACGCGGCCAAGCUGGCCGACAUGCCAGCCAGCAUUAUUAAAAGGGCCCACGAGCUAUCCAAAACGGUUGAGGCAGAAGCACUCAAGCGGAAAGUGUUCUCCAAAGCCCUCCAAAAGACAACCGAUACUGCUGAGGUGAAGCUUUUGUUGCGAAAACUCAAGGCAUGUCAUUUCUAAUGUCACCGAGAGGUAAGUUGAACAGAUCUACUCAGAACACAGUAUUCCACUUCGAUAUAUAUCGUAUACGACGUUAGGCUCUCUAUAUGUUACUGUUACAACACGUAAUAAAAAUAUGCCAUAUUUGUCUAGGACAGCCCUUUAAAAAUAUGGUUUAU